CUCGGCGUUCGCGUUCGCAACGAGACGUUAACAACAAUGGCCGCCAAACAAGCUUAGACAAAGCUUGUAAUCGACAAACAAGGCGUUUUGGCUUGUUCAGAGAACACAAAUAAUUUGACUUAAGUUGAAUGCGUUGCAAAUUACCUUCACUGAGGCGUUGAUACUGUUGUCAAACCCAUGUGUGUUGUCGGGAAAGUUUACAAUCUUUAAAACCUUCCGUAGGCAAGGAAGCGUAUACAACUACAAGUUUUAAUUGUUUGACUUCAAUUACUGCAACAAUGAAAGUCACAGGAUUGGUGCCGGCUCGGUUCCUUACAAUUAUAUCACAUUUGGUUCUUAUCAUCAUUAUAUUUUGGUCAAGGGGACCCAACAUUGAAUCCUGUUUGCCUAGAACCUACACACAGGCGCAAUAUGAUGAGAAGGACUUGCAGUUGAUCAUAGGGCUCUCUGUGGCUCUAGGAUUGUUUGCCAUUGAGUUGGUGGGAUUCCUGGGCGGCCUUACCAUGUUCUCAUCGUCACAGGCUCUCAUCUCGAUUGCCGCCCAUUGUGGAGCUUCUGUAGCACUGGCCUAUUAUAUCAUUCGUGAAUGGCCCUGUGAUAGAUUCUGGUACAUAUUCGGGUUUUCUAAUGCUUUUCCAGCAUUCUCAGAGCUCGUAACCAUGGCCCUACUGCUAUGUUGUGGUCGAACUUAGUUGUAAUAUUCAGGUUUUAAAUUAUUAAUGCUGAAAUGUUUUCGGUGUAAAAAAUAAUAAUGUACUUUUUGCUAGGUGUGGAAUUGUUGAAGUGAAUGUAUCCGUAAUUGAUUGGCCACUAGUUUGAUCACUAUUAAGUACGCAAUUCAGAAGAUUUUCAGGGGGUGGGGGAGCCUGGGGGAUGUAAUGAUAAGAGUUAGUUCAGUUUUCUGUAAACUUGCUAUUCUCACAGCUAAACAUUUCAAGAAAAACUCUGAUAUCUUACUAGGGGUUAUCAAGGGACCAUGAAAUAAGUGUAAGUGAAAAAAAUAGGUUGAUAACCAGAGUUAGUUCUACUCUAUAUCUUGAAAACGCAAAAUUUGGUAUUCAGACAUACCAGUAAUAGGACCAGUGCUACUAUAUGAACCUCUUUGUGGGAAAACUGGGCUUAACGCAAGUGCGUAGUGUCGCACCAGAUAAGCCUGUGCAAAGUGACUCCUUGACAUAGUCUCAGCUACCGCAACCCACGCCGGUGCCUUUGUCGCGUUAACAUUCUUCCUGUUUGAGCUAUGGCCCUGCGACGACUACUGGUACAUCUUCGGCUUCUGCAGUGCCCUGCCUGGUGUAACGGAAAUCAUUUCCAUCAUUCAUUCAGCU